AUGGUGGGUCAAAAUGGCGGCGCUGAUUUUGGCGCGCUAAUACAAGGUGCGGGAAGACAGUUGCUAAAUCAGGGCGGGCAAGCGAUAUUGCAAUAUGGGGCCCAAGCACUUGGGAAUAUCAUCAAUGAGGUGUUCCAGAAGAAAGAGGUCGAACAGAAGAGGUUCCUUCCAAGCAUUAAGAACUACAAAGUGGUGGGUAUUUGUUUUCUGCAG